AUGCGCUGGGUCUCUCUCUGUGCCGUCUUGGGCGCUGUGCUGCUUGCCCCAGCAGCUGAUGCUCGCCCCUGUAAGACCCGAUCCACGACGACUCCGUCUGCCACUCUUUCCCCGACACUGCCUGUCUCAUCCAUAAGUUCCGUGUCAACACCAAUCUCAACACCCGUAUCUUCGGAUGUCUCGACGCCAGUUUCUACACCCAUUUCAUCGGAUAUCUCGACUCCAAUCUCUACACCUGUAUCGUCAGAUGUCUCGACUCCAAUCUCUACACCUGCAUCAUCGGACGUGUCAGUUUCGCUUUCGACCCCCGUAUCGACUGAUUUGUCAACUCCCGUAGAGUCGACGACUACUCCCACCAGCGUCAGCAGCACACCGUCUGUCUCAGAGACGCCAUCCUCAACUCCUACUCCCACAUCUACACCCAUCCCUGAACCAACCCCGGUGAACCUGAUUCACAAUGGAAAUUUCGAAGGCGAGGAUCUCUCGGUCUGGGCUCUUAGAACUGUGACUAUUGAGGACGACGCCGCUAAAGCUGCCUCUGGAUCUCACUACGCUCGAUUCUACCUUGAGAAUGACUCUGGUGCCGGAGGAAAUCAUCUGAACCAGACGAUCAACGGUCUUGACACCUCCAGACUGUACCGACUAUCUUUCUCGGGAGCCGUUUUUGGUCUCACUGACCUCGGAGACGCGACCUGCCAGAUCCAAGCCUUGGCAAAUGGUGAACAGAAAGGAUCUUGGCCAAUCCAAACCAUCCCUGCGGGAUCUUAUUCCAGCUAUGGCACUGACUUCAUCGCUGAUUCAGAAGACUUUGUCUUGACUUUUAGGGUCAGAUGCUCGGGCGAGGACCUCGUCACUCUUGACUUUGCUGUCGAUGACAUAGUCCUUCAAGAUAUCGGAACGGCACCAGUAUCACCGAUCUGA